CUCUGGGCUUUCUUUUAGCCUGCCCUCCCUGCCACAAUAGCGUGCUCAAACUCACACUCACUGACACACUCACACACACACGCAUCCCUAUUCACACACACUUACACACACCCCUACUCAGACACACUCACACACACCCCUACUCAGAUACACACACACCCCUACUAACACACACCCCUACACACACACCCCUACACACACACACCCCUACUCACACACCACAUUGUCUGCGUUCGGCUCUCCCUUCCCACUCUGCCUCCAUCUCCCUUCCAGGAUGCACAGACGACUGCUCUCUCUCUGGGUGACUGGGGCGCUGCUGCUACCCUUGUGCUGGGAGUCUGAUGGAUGGAGUUCCAGAUACUCUGUGUAUUGUCCUGCUGCCAGCUCAAUGAUGUAUCCCCCUGGGGGCCAGACCAGCUCCAUGAUGUAUCCCCCUGGGGGCCAGACCAGCUCCAUGAUGUAUCCCCCUGGGGGCCAGACCAGCUCCAUGAUGUAUCCCCCUGGGGGCCAGACCAGCUCCAUGAUGUAUCCUCCUGGGGGCCAGACCAGCUCCAUGAUGUAUCCCCCUGGGGGCCAGACCAGCUCCAUGAUGUAUCCCCCUGGGGGCCAGACCAGCUCCAUGAUGUAUCCCCCUGGGGGCCAGACCAGCUCCAUGAUGUAUCCUCCUGGGGGCCAGACCAGCUCCAUGAUGUAUCCCCCUGGGGGCCAGACCAGCUCCAUGAUGUAUCCCCCUGGGGGCCAGACCUCCCUCCUGCCUCCAUACGGUUCCAUUGUUCCAUUGUUUGUCUUUGCUCCAUAACUCAUAAGAUAAGUCUCUGUGUGUCUCUACCCCAUAACUCAUAGGAGAAGUCUGUGUGUGUCUCUACCCCAUAACUCAUAGGAGAAGUCUCUGUGUGUCUCUACCCCAUAACUCAUAGGAGAAGUCUCUGUGUGUCUCUACCCCAUAACUCAUAAGAGAAGUCUCUGUGUGUCUCUACCCCAUAACUCAUAGGAGAAGUCUCUGUGUGUCUCUGCUCCAUAACUCAUAGGAGAAGUCUCUGUGUGUCUCUACCCCAUAACUCAUAGGAGAAGUCUAUGUGUGUCUCUGCUCCAUAACUCAUAGGAGAAGUCUGUGUGUGUCUCUACCCCAUAACUCAUAGGAGAAGUCUCUGUGUGUCUCUGCUCCAUAACUCAUAGGAGAAGUCUCUAUGUGUCUCUGCUCCAUAACUCAUAGGAGAAGUCUCUGUGUGUCUCUGCUCCAUAACUCAUAGGAGAUGUCUCUAUUAGUCUCUGCUCCAUAACUCAUAGGAGAAGUCUCUGUGUGUCUCUGCUCCAUAACUCAUAGGAGAAGUCUCUGUGUGUCUCUACCCCAUAACUCAUAGGAGAAGUCUAUGUGUGUCUCUGCUCCAUAACUCAUAGGAGAAGUCUCUGUGUGUCUCUACCCCAUAACUCAUAGGAGAAGUCUCUAUUUGUCUCUGCUACAUAACUCAUAGGAGAAGUCUCUGUGUGUCUCUGCUCCAUAACUCAUAGGAGAAGUCUCUAUGUGUCUCUGCUCCAUAACUCAUAGGAGAAGUCUCUAUGUGUCUCUGCUCCAUAACUCAUAGGAGAAGUCUCUGUGUGUCUCUGCUCCAUAACUCAUAGGAGAAGUCUCUAUGUGUCUCUGCUCCAUAACUCAUAGGAUAAGUCUCUGUGUGUCUCUGCUCCAUAACUCAUAGGAGAAGUCUCUAUUUGUCUCUGCUCCAUAACUCAUAGGAGAAGUCUCUAUGUGUCUCUGCUCCAUAACUCAUAGGAGAAGUCUCUAUGUGUCUCUGCUCCAUAACUCAUAGGAUAAGUCUCUGUGUGUCUCUGCUCCAUAACUCAUAGGAGAAGUCUCUAUUUGUCUCUGCUCCAUAACUCAUAGGAGAAGUCUACGUGUGUCUCUGCUCCAUAACUCAUAGGAGAAGUCUCUAUUUGUCUCUGCUCCAUAACUCAUAGGAGAAGUCUACGUGUGUCUCUGCUCCAUAACUCAUAGGAGAAGUGUCUGUGUGUCUCUCCUCCAUAACUCAUAGGAGAAGUCUCUAUUUGUCUCUGCUCCAUAACUCAUAGGAGAAGUCUCUGUGUGUCUCUGCUCCAUAACUCAUAGGAGAAGUGUAUGUGUGUCUCUGCUCCAUAACUCAUAGGAGAAGUCUCUAUUUGUCUCUGCUUCAUAACUCAUAGGAGAAGUCUCUGUGUGUCUCUUCUCCACAAGUCAUAGGAGAAGUGUCUGUGUGUCUCUGCUCCAUAACUCAUAGGAGAUGUCUCUGUGUGUCUCUCCUCCAUAAUUCAUAGGAGAUGUCUCUGUGUGUCUCUGCUCCAUAACUCAUAUGAGAUGUCUAUGUUGGUCCUGGGCAGGGAAGAUAAGGUUUAUUUCUCCCCUGAGGCAUACCAAACAAAUGAGGUGGGGCUCUCCAAACCCAGAAUCCACAUUUAAUGGAACAAUGGUUUUUGUUUUCUUGCAAAUAACACACUGCGUAGUCCUCAUGUUGGGUGUAUCUGAUAGGUUUGUAAUAGGAGAUGUUGAGGAGCACAAUGACUUGGAGUGUAGUUCAGUGAAAGACAUGAUGGGAUAUGAGGUAUGAUAUAGAUGGCUUUUAGAUUCAGGGCUGACCAGGUUUUUGGUCAUAGCAUUUCUUUCUCUUCCCUUUUUCCACAGCAAACAAAGAGGACUAUGAGGAGGAAUAUGAUGACUAUUCUACACAAACACCAGACUAUGACUACACCGCCACCUUCGAUUACACCUAUUUCAGUAACACCACCGGCCAUGAGGACUAUAGUUUGUAUGUAAUUCUAGGAGAGAAGAAGAAUGUGGAGGAGAAGGAUCUUGAGAAUAAGGCUUUAGCGAUUGGCUCCCCAUGCCCAGUGCUACUCCUCGGAUUGGCUGCUCACCAACUCCAUCGAUUACUGUGAAUGAAACCGAGCACUGCAGAACAUACACAGAUAUACAGGACCCUGAACUGAGCAGAAAGUUACCCAAUAUUCUGGAAUUGGACUGAGCAGAAAGUUACCCCAUAUUCUGGAAUUGGACUGAGGAGAAAGUUACCCAAUAUUCUGGAAUUGGACCUUUUUAAGGAUCAAUGGACACAGCAUGAGAUUCUCCACCACUGACUUUCUAUACUAUAGUUGUAAAAACUCACAGUGACUCCUGAAUCUUAACUUAUGAAAGAAGCCCACAACUUGAAUUCAUAAACAUCUCCCAUAAUAAUAUUUGCAUUGUAUGCACGUCUCAAGUUGUAAGAUCAAAUCAAAAUCAAAUGUAUUUAUAAAGCCCUUCUUACGUCAGCUGAUAUCUCAAAGUGUUGUACAGAAACCCAGCCUAAAACCCCAAACAGCUAGCAAUGCAGGUGUAGAAGCACAGUAGGAAAAACUCCCUAGAAAGGCCAAAACCUAGGAAGAAACCUAGAGAGGAACCAGGCCUCUUCUGGCUGUGAUGUGUCCCUUAGAGUAAUAAUAGCACAAAGCCAAUAUACCCCACGUAUUCCAUCUUGUUUGGACUUCAUACAAACUAAUAUGUAUAUUAUACAUGCUGUUUAUCUUUUAACACAUCUUUUCCAAGUAUGUUUUGUUUCUGUUUGAUAUUCUGUUAUGAAAAUAUAAUGCUUUCUACAACCAUGGAA